UCAGGGCCUCUCUAUGAGUGGGCAUACACGGUGAGACUGUGAAGAUUGUAACAUCGCGCUGGUCAGGGUGAUGGGCUAGGCCGAUGCUUGAUGGCUCGCACGGACCUCUCGACUUUGCAAUGCUGUAACUAAACAGCUGAUUGGUGGGCUGGUGCAUGAAGGAGUCGUAGGGACUGGAAAGGCGAAUGAAGAAGCCUGCUUGAGGCGUCUGAGAGCGGCUGUAUCCUGUGAUCGGUUGCGUAAGAAGAGGAACAAGCGCGAGAUUCGCAAUCGCUUCGCGGCAACCCCACGUUAACGGUUGUUGCGCCUCAGAUCGACGUCCAGCUCACCAGUGUCAUCUGAACUGGCACCUUCCCGGCAGGGCAACGGUAGUUGACGGCGCCGGCGAUAUGGGGACAGAGCCAUCCGCGUGAGCUCAGGCAUUCUCUUGGUGUGACGGAGUCGAGGAUGGACGUUGGCAGUGGGGUCCUGUUCGAACCAUGAUCCAUCUCGAGGACAAACAACUGCCCCACUAUGCGGUCCGAUAGUUGCUUCACGUUGGGUGGGAGGGCAUGAAGCCGGUGGCAAGAUCGAAGACAUCACUGAAUGAAUCACUGUAGUGUAUCAUGGAACUUGUUUCUGCUCGAACCUGGCAGAAAUUGGCCACUGUCAUGCGGCCAAAAAUGGAAGUUCUUGAAGUUGAAUGACACUCCAUGGCAGGCAGCAUGGAAGUGAGGGGUAAGGUGAAUUGCGGGACGUUACUAGCGGUGUUUGUAAAAGGAUCUCAACUCAACACCACCACCAGCAAAAUAACCUACUUCUUGAGCUCUGGCCGCCGCCGCUAAUCAUGAGAAAUCAGUUCUCUUGCUCGUUAUUUCCACGUGGCGGGUUCGAUCUUCGUUUGCGGCAUGUUCUAGUCAUGAUCCAGGCCUUCUUCCUGCUUGGCUUUCAACGGCCGUCAGAGAAGCAAAGAACCUCAUCUUCAAAUCCGCCCUGCCCAGAAACGCCGCCUUUGCAACAGCAGGACAAGCCGCUAACUUGUCAAUGCGCUUCAUGACUCCAGCCUAAUUCAGGAUGGUCGAGAACAGACCCUGGAAGGCCAUGUGCCUCAAGACAGACACAGCUAAACCUUGUGGACCACACAUUCUUGACCAUAUUGACAAAGGGGACUGACACAUGUGCGUUGCAUGCAGAUACCUAUCUACAUACACGUCAACAACCGGUCUCUUCCCUCGUUGGCAACAUGUAGACAUCACGAGCACUCAUCUUCGACAUACAAGCGAGCUGUCUACACAACACUUUCAGUAGGAUAUAUUCUCUCGACACUUUCUCUAGCUUAAUGAUCAAUUCCUCUUCUCAGCCUCGACAUCACGCAGCAUGUAGCUGGGCUUGGCGGUUCGUCUGAUCUUUAGAGUCGCAAUACUCCGACUGCAAUGCGAGAUAGUGAUGGUAUUUCCAACUUUGCUGGGCAUCGCAGCGUGGGGGACGGCACUGUUAGUCAGAGGCAGAUGAAGAAAUUUCCACCAGUACCUACUGGCAAGGGCAAAGGGUAUAAGUGGAGCGUUCAGGGGGCCGCGCUCGGUCUCGACAAUCCACAGAAUGUUGCUCCGAUGCUCAUGGGGCUGGAUGCUGUUGCUCCAAAGCAAGCCACCGAGUCUACGCGCGAUGAAGCGCACGCCAGACCAACAACUCGGCAGAAACGAAACAAGGACCCAAGCUUUUCGGAUGCGGGGCAACGAGGUUGA